AUGACCCCCAAGCCCAAGUCCUACGACGCCGACCGCCAGGCAAAGGGCGCCGACACCGUCUACACCGCCUCAAACGGCGCUCCCCACCCCCACCCCUACCAGUCCCAGCGCGCUGGCAACAACGGCGGCCUCCUCCUCCAGGACUUCCACCUUCUCGACCUCCUCGCCCACUUUGACCGCGAGCGUAUCCCCGAGCGUGUCGUCCACGCCAAGGGCUCUGGUGCCCACGGCAAGUGGGUCUGUACCGACCCCCUCGACGACCUCUGCAUUGCCGGUCUCUUCAAGAAGGGCGCCGAGUGCCCCAUCACCAUCCGCUUCUCCACCGUCGGUGGCGAGUCUGGCUCCAGCGACAACGCCCGUGACCCCCGUGGUUUCGCCGUCAAGUUCAAGACCGAGGAGGGCAACUGGGACUUUGUCGGAAACAACACUCCCGUCUUCUUCCUCCGUGACCCCACCAAGUUCCCCCACUUCAUCCACACUCAAAAGCGCCACCCCGCUACUCACCUUGGCGGCGGCGAUGACGCGACCAUGUUCUGGGACUACCUCAGCCAGAACCCCGAGUCUGCCCACCAGGUCAUGAUUCUCAUGUCGGACCGCGGUAUCCCCGACGGCUUCCGCCACAUGCACGGCUACUACGGCCACACCCUCAAGCUCGUCAAGAAGGACGGCACCUGGGUCUACGCCCAGUUCCACCUGAUCUCGGACCAGGGCAUCAAGACGCUCACCAACGAGGAGGCCGCCCAAAAGUCGCCCGACCACGGCCAGAAGGACCUGUACGAGGCCAUUGAGCGCGGCGAGUACCCCUCGUGGACCAUGAAGGUUCAGAUCAUGACGCCCGAGCAGGCCGUCGAGGCCUGGGAGAAGAAGCAGAUCAACGUCCACGACCUCACCCACAUCUGGCCCCACAAGGACUACCCGCUCCGCACCAUUGGCAAGAUUACCCUCAACGAGAACGCCAAGAACUACUUUGCCGAGGUCGAGCAGGCCGCCUUCUCCCCCUCGCACAUGGUCCCCGGUAUCGAGCCUUCGGCCGACCCCGUUCUCCAGUCGCGUCUCUUCUCGUACCCCGACACGCACCGCCACCGUCUCGGUGCCAACUACCACCAGCUCCCCGUCAACCAGCCGCACACCAAGUACGAGGGCUCCUCGUUCCAGCGUGACGGCCCGAUGGCCUUCUACAACCAGGGCUCGCGCGUCGGCUACCUGCCGUCGAUCGACCCGCCCAAGUUCUCGGACAAGCGCGUCGACCUCGACAAGGUGCACGGUGGCUUUGCCAUGACUGCCGUCAGCUACCUGUCGCAGAUCACGCCUGCCGACUUCAACGCGCCGCGCAACCUCUGGGAGAAGGUCUUCUCCGAGGGCGAGCGCAAGCGCUGGAUCGACACCGUCUCGGGCCACAUGUCGACCGUCAAGGACAAGGAGAUUAUCAAGCGCCAGAUCGCCAUUUGGCGCGAGUGCUCCGAGGACCUCGCCUCUCGCCUCGAGAAGGCCACCGGCGUCAAGGGCUACAAUGGCAUCAAGGGCAUGAAGUUCAACGGCUCCGUCAACGCCAUGGACUCCAACAUCAUCCUCGCCAACCAGAACUAUGCCGGCGGCCUCGGCAACGCCGGUCCCUCUGCCAAGCUCUAA